UGCUACGUAUAUAAUGACGAACAGAGCAAUCUAUUGAACGACAUCGAGACCUAUCGAUUGAACGAAAUUUUCUUCGCCGUUCAGAAAAAACCCAAGAGCUAUUGAUUUUAGAUUCUGGCGUCUUGGAAACUUAUAUUAGUGUGCUUGUCACGAAUUCAGUUUCGGAAUUUUAAAUCGAAUUUUUUUUUUUUUUUUUGUGAAGGUUGAUUCUCAUUUCAAGAAUCAUUUUUUCGUAAAAUCUUGAAAGUUGUAAGAAACACCCGCAAUAUGGGACAAGAGUCGUUUGUCUACAGCUCCGUGGCUCGGGGAACAACGGUGGUGGCCGAGUACGCUGCCGUGACUGGGAACUUUCCGGCGGUGGCGACUCAGUGUUUACACAGAAUACCAUCGGCGAACAACAAGUUCAGCUACAACUGCGAACGCCACGCCUUCAACUUCCUCGUCGAGGACGGCUACGCUUAUUGUGCUGUUGCCAAAGAAUCUGUUGAGAAUCAGCUUUCGUUCGCUUUUCUGGAAAAUCUGAAAGGAGACUUCGAGAAGAUAUAUGGCGGUGGUACUGAAGCGGACACGGCUGUUGCCAAAAGUCUCGACAAGGAGUUUGGCCCCAUUAUGAAAGAGCAUAUGCAGUAUGCAGUUGACCAUGCCGAUGAGAUCAUUGGAAAACUAGCGAAAGUGAAGGCCCAAGUCUCUCAAGUUAAAAGUGCUAUGCUCGACAACAUUGUCAAGGUUACAGACCGGGGAGAAAGCCUUGCAAUUUUGGAUGGCAAGGCUCAAGAUCUAUGUGAUUCGGCCCAACAAUACAAGAAAACGGCGACGCAGAUCAAGCGGAAGAUGUGGUAUAAAAACAUGAAAACAAAGUUGGUUGUGAUCGGGAUUCUGUUACUUUUGGCCUUGAUAAUCUGGCUUUCUGUUUGCCGUGGUUUCAAUUGCGCCAAGCAGUAGCGAAUUCAGUAGAGUUUUGGAUUCAUCAUAUUCUUUCCCCUGACAGAAUGGAAUGACAAAAAAAUAUGAUUCAUGUAAUUGUUUGUGCUAUAACUACAUGGUCUGGUAGAAUUAUAUUAUAGAUCUUGUUUCUUCGAAGCCUGUAUUCCUUGUCUUCUUUGACUUACUUCCUGUUGGUUUUAUCUACCCAUAUGCUUACUUUCCGACGCUAUCGACUCUAUUACGUACGGCCAAUCAAUAUAGACUUUGGAAUGAUUUUAAUUGGGCCCCACUAGUAGAUGGUGAGAAACAAGAAUGGUCCUUUGAAAUAGUAGAAUUGCGCGUAAGCCAUCCCAGAUACAUGAAUAUUAUGAAGGGAAAAUGAAUAAUCCUCAAACGAAUUUUCAUAACAAUACCCACCCCCAGUUUGGUCUAAAUUUAAACCAAAAAAGAUUGAUACGAACAGGAUAAUCAUGUGAACAAAACAUUUGGGAAAGAAAAAGCAGAUGGGCACUAAAAGCAAGUUCACUUGAGAGCUAUUUAAACUGCCAAAGCCCAAAGUUCACAAAAUAUAUUGCCAAAUGGUACUCCAGUACCGGUAAUCUAAGUUGCUGUCAAAAUUCAGAAAUGACAAAUCUAAGAUUCAGCAACUGUAGUAAAGGUAUUUACCAUUUAAUACCAACAGGUGAACUUGCUCUAAUAUUCCAAACUUAUAUCGCCCACUUUUCACCCACAUAUUUGAUCCAUUUUGAUCUUCACAGCGCAUAUUGCCAGACAAAUCAUGUACCAACAAAUAUCUGAACCCAAGAGAAAAACUAGCGCGCUACAUACAGUGCAUGUAAGACUUCCCACAGAAGGAUUGACCACGCUGAUCAAUGCAGUUCAAAGGAAAUUAUAUGCAGCUAUUGAUCAAUGCAGAUCUAAGUAGAUUAUAUAUAUGCAGCCAUGACUGCUUCCCGAAAACCACCCGGCCAGAUUCUGCCAAAGCAAAGGGGGUUCUUCAAUAAUCCCUUAACGUACAGCCUGCUAGAAUAAUCUCACCAGGCAGAGAUAAAAUCACAGAGAUCUUUUACUGUGUUACCAAACAAUACAUAUUAAUCUUACAAAGUGACACCCUCGAACACACCAAGUCAUCAGCUACAAUUACAGUAGUACUUAGAAGGGAUUAAUAGUACUGUCCUAGACUUCUACUAUCUUCGUCCAACCAGAAGUGUCGAUCAGAAAAACAGGAUUCAGUUCCUUUGCCUGAAAACAAGGAAGUUAACAAAGGCAAAGAAUCAACAUAACGGCCACAUUGAUAGAUCCGUGUGUAUUUGCACAUAAAUGCAAUUGCAAGUAAUGAAACUCCAAAAGCACAAGUAGCAUGGCUCCCAAAAAAGUUCAACAUUUCCUGUUAUGACACGCUACAAUGCUCAGAAAAAUCCUACACGAUUACCAGAUGGUUUUUGUAUUGAGGGGGCUUGAAACCUUGUGCUUACUUUCCUCGAGUGUUUUGAGUAAGUCGCUCCCAUUUUCAAAACCUAUCUCACAUAGAUCUUUCAAAAUGUAUAAAGUAUCUGUGCAGGACACCCAACACUCGCAAGAGUAUGGGAUUCGUGCUGAACGUAUUUAGUUGGACAAUAAUUUAGCAAGAUAUUGCUAACUCAAAUUUCUCAAGAGAAUAGAGCUCCUAUAAUAUGGAUGAAGUGGUCUUAAGAGAACUAGUAAA